UCCCACCGUCAUGGGCUUAUAAACCGUCCAGAAUGCAAAGCAGCCCCCACUUGAACCAAAGCCGAAACUCCUUCCACAAUAUAUCUUCUAUCUUCACCACAACUACCUUCUCAGUUACUCCUACAGAGGACUGGGGGCCUAAAAGAGAUCCACUUUACAUUGUACUGCCGAUAACCACCAUAUACAUUGUCAUUUUCUUCAGUGGUGUACUUGGCAAUAUCAGUACUUGCAUUGUGAUUGCCAAAAAUAAGUGUAUGCAUACAGCGACCAACUACUAUCUCUUCAGUUUGGCCAUCAGUGAUCUUUUGCUGCUGACUUCUGGAUUGCCUCUGGAAAUUUACUCAAUCUGGUCCAAGUAUCCGUACGUCUUUGGAGAGGAAUUUUGCAUAUUACAGGGACUCGCAGCCGAAACAUCAGCCAACGCAACUGUCCUAACCAUAACAGCCUUCACCAUCGAAAGAUACGUCGCUAUUUGCUUCCCGUUCCUCUCACAUAAACUGUCCAAACUCAACCGAGCCAUCAAAUACAUCGUCUACAUAUGGAUAGUAGCCACAUGUCUGGCCAUCCCGCAGGCCAUAUCUUUUGGUGUCGUCUGCGAAGUAUUCAACGACCAAGUGGUGGCAGAACACUGCAUCUGCAUGGUGAAGAGAACUUUGAUACCACACGCUUUCGAAAUAUCCACCGUUUUGUUUUUCGUGGCGCCGAUGACUCUGAUAACUGUUUUGUAUAUCCUGAUUGGGGUGCAAUUGCGCGAAACUUCCCUGCGAAAUGCUCGAGGGGGUAGUGUCAGGAUGAAGCGCAAGGUUUAUAAGUCCGCAAGGACUGUUGUUUCCAAAAAGACUCAGACACAUUUGCAGGAGUGCGAAGUGUUAGAGGAGGAGGGGAGGAAGAAUUUUUCCAGAAAUUGCCAGGCAGCGAAGCAUGUUGUCGAAAUGCUGGUUGCAGUUGUGGUUGCCUUCUUCAUAUGCUGGGCCCCCUUUCAUGCUCAGAGGCUUCUAGCAAUCUAUGGGGAACCGACAACAGCUCACAUGAUAAAGGCUUUCAAAAUCUUGACCUACGUCAGUGGAGUUCUCUACUACCUCUCAACAACAGUGAAUCCUGUACUCUACCAUAUAAUGUCGAACAAAUUUAGAGAAGCUUUCAGAAACACAUACAAGCAUUGCUUCUCGAAAAGGAGCACAUCGGCUGGUUGCAAGUUCUACUCCGCAAUUUCAGCCCGAUCCUCCCAGAUGAACAGCCAUAGCUCCGACUCAUGUACCCAGAGCCAUCGAUCACUACGAUAUCUAGAAGCCGAAAUGGCGAACUUUCAGGAGAACAGAAGACCAUUAGUCGUUAACUUCAGAAGGAAAAGGGGGCCUCCGGCCAACAGGCUUGCCAGACCUGAGUCCAAGAGUGCAGUGGCUUUGGAUUCACAAGUGAUUAACCGAGAAACAGCCUUCGAUUUCCGGACCGAAAAACAUCGAGCGAUUAUUGAAAGUGCUACGUUUUGUUCUCUCACCACCAGAGCUAUGGCUAAAGAUUUCAGUUUCGGAGAGGUGCACACUUUGCAACCGGAACAUAUCUGCCCAUUGAGGAAAACUUUGGUUGAUUGAUUGAAAGAUUGUGAGAUACAUUCCAAGAUAUCUACUUAACGCUAACACUAUUAUUUCACCUUCUUCAGGACUCCUGAAAAAUAUUUUGAAUUUAUUUUCCAUGCAGAAUAUUAAUAUACUCAUAUUUUUUCUAUACAUUUCUGAGAAUGGCUCUAAGGAAUUAAAUGUGAUUUUUUCUUGA